ACCGAGUGGCUCGUCCCUUAUGCUCAGACCAUCGCACACGAUUGCUUUGCGCUUUUUGCCUUUGAAGGCAGAAACGUGCGCCGCAGAAAAGCAAUCAUACUCGAUGUCCAUAGCACACCUGGUGCUUUAAAAGAAGCGUGCAAGAUGUGUGCAUUUGCCCCAACACACGCGCUUUUCAUUCACUCCAAGGAUUUAAUUCCACCCCACAGAUCAUUCACAACCCCUUCCUUCCUCUCAAACACUAUCACAAGAUGCCUGCUGCAGAAUGUAACAUGACACCUGUCAACUGCACUGUCUGCCACAAGACUAUAAGCCGCAAGGCAGAUCUUCCAAGACACAUGCGGACGCACGAUGAUCACAAGGAAGCUCUUAUGCAUGCAUGCCCAUUCUUUGACUGCGAUUACAAGACCCUCCAAAAGUCCAACAUGCAGACACACAUCAGAACCCACACCGGUGAACGCUCCAAGAUAUGCCCUCACCCUGGGUGCGCGUUUGCCACCACAGAUCCAGGCAGUUUGACACGUCACCGCAAGAGACUGCACGACUACCAGCCCAAAGCGCGUUGCAACCCCGGUGGCAAAGCUGCUCGACGGUCCGCAGUCGCGCCUUACCCCUCCACUCGAUUUAUGAAGCCAGAGGUAGAGAUUCCUGCAUCGUUGGAUCUCAAUGACCCAGCAUUUCCCGAUCCCGAGCUCGCCGCAGGCCUCAUUCCCUGCGAUUCGCUCUCACCUGCUGAGUCCAGCAGUUCUGGUAUCCCCCAAUUCUCGGGCGAGCUCGCCGAACUCCCCUGGGAGCGACUCUUCCCAGAUCUCCUCGCCGAGAGCUUCGCCUCCGUUUAUGAUCAGCCCUCUCAGCUCCCCAUCCCCGCUUCCAACUACGUACAGCCUGCGACUGUCCCCGCCGAUCUCUCCACUCUCCACAUGCCGCAGUUUGACCCGGAGCUGUUCUCUAAUGCCAACUAUCAGCAGCCCGUUCCAGAUGUCAACUUUCAGUCCCAGCCCGUCUCGGGAAGCGACCUGAACAACCCUUUUCCACCUGAACUGGACCAGUUUUUGCAGAAAUAUGGCUCAGGGCACUUUGAAGGCCGCUACGAGUAUCAGGACAAUGCAACAUAUUCGAUGGCCCAGCCCUCGUAUACAAACGAAUACAACGUCUAUUGAAAUCUUCAUUAUCGUCUUUCAUCCCGUUGUCCUAUUACCCCCGCAUCAUCACCAGCAUUGGCAUCAGCAUCACAAUUUUAUGUGGAACUCAUCAUUAUCAUUAUCGAUCAUUUAUAUCGUACCACUUGCAUCUUUUAUACAUAUUUUCAUCCGCACUUUUAGAAUUGCGAU